CCUGCAGCAUCACAAUGGCGUCCCUCAGAUCCUCCGCCUUCCAAUCUCUGCUGCGGAGCCGGAACACCUUCCUGCGCUCCCAGCAGAAGCGCUGGGCCCAAGUGCAUGAUGUCCGCUUCCUCGCCACGCACCACGACCCCAACCAAGUGCUGGAGAGGUACCGGGCGAAGCUGGACGAGAAAGCCCAAUCCGAGGGACACGAAAACAUCAACUCCUUGAAAGAGGCCUACAAAGAAAAGAUCGACGACCUCCGCCAGAAAGCCACCACUCCUCUUACGCCCGAACCACCCAAACCCUCCGCCGCCGCUCCUCCUCCUCCGCCUCCACCCACUCCCCAAGCUCGUGCCGCGACCGCCGCCAAAUCUAGCGGCAUCAAGCCCCUCGACUCCUUCAUUGACGUUGAGAAAGUGCGUGGCCUCCCGCCCAAGGAAAUCGAAGCCAUCUGGCGUCUCCGCCACGCCGGAAACUCCCAUUCCAUCUGCGCCGUCAUCCCCGUCGAAACCUACCAGCGCAUCGCCGCCGCCGCUCGCCAGAACCCUCAAUUUAUCCUGCCUCUGCCGCGCACUCAGGCUGAGGGAGAGGACAGUGCUGAGAGCAACUCCGGCGCCGACAUUCAUUUCCUGCAAUGGGCCUUCCACCCACCGGCUUCGGCGCCGUCUACGACCGCCUCCCCGGGUUCUUUGGCCAAUGCGCAUACGUCCACUAUUAUCUUUACGCCGCUGGCUGCAUAUAAGUUGCACGGAGCCUUUGCGCAGCCGCACACGACAAUCACACAUCAUUUGGACUUGGCGGAUGAGAAGGGCCUGGUUCUGAUGCAUGGACAGGUGAUGCCGGAUUCUGGAGUGUCGAUCACCGAGGCGAGCUGGUUGGUGAGCUGUGUUCAGCGGUUCUAUGACUUUGGGGGUCAGGCUAGUGGCCGCAAGGGAGAGUUGCUGCGCAUGUUCACUGCUGGUGAUGUGCAGGGAUUCAAGAUUGAGGAGCUGAUGGCUGAGGCGGAGAAGUUGUGAUGAACUAUCUGAUUUGUGAAUAGAUUGUACUAUAUGUGUUUGAUGAUGAAACUCCCUUGGCUCAGCGUGUGGACAUCCUCCAGAUAUUGUCUUUUUUCCUCCCCUGCUGGAUUCUCCUCUCGAUCCAAUACCACCGUGCAUAACCCGGCUCAUUCUUCCUUCUCUUGCACUACGACCGUUACAAGGAUCUUCUAAUAAUCACCGUAUAUCACAAAAG